AUGCAGAACCCAGAAGAUUUCGUCGUUCGAGAUGGAAGGAUGACCAGCCGACCCACCAGCAGAUGGCCAGCAGUGACCGUUGCCCGAGUCGACUUUGAUGUGCUUCACGCCCGACUACUUGAGCCCCUCACCGACACGCUCAGGGGCCACAAUCCACUUCGCCAUCAAUUUGAUGGUACGCAAGCCGAGAUUGAUGACGCCAUCGAGAAGGCCGCCACAAUGCUCCUCGAUCAAGCUCUUUUCGAGCUUUGGAAUCGCCUCAGAGUCAUAGCUGAAACCUAUGAUAAUCAGACCAGAACUAACGUGUUUAAAAAUCGGGCCCCAGUGAUGGAAGGCUUCCAACUACCGAGGUUCUAUGCCUCCCUCCUCUCCUCAAUUGGACCCCUCCGAAUUGAGGACUCUUUCUUCGACACUACAGUUAUCUACUCUCCAGCUCAAGCCCUCCGCGACAACUUUGGUCGUGCUGCGAUGCCCAACAUCAACAGCCAGGAUAUCCUCCACUUCAUCCAGCAGCUUGGAGGUGCCCACAUUCCACUUGGCACAAUUCAACACCGUGGAUCACAAGGUUCAUUCUUUACCACCUGUGCUAGAGUUGACAAUAACUAUGACAGCUACAACAUCCUUGGAGCUUUCAAUGCCAGACACUACAGUCGGAUUGAUACAGUCAUAGGCAUGCUUCUCCGCCCCUUCGGCCAUGACGAACAUCCAUUUGAAGACCUAUCCACCACACUCGGCUUCGUCGACAAUGAAGAUGUGAUUGCGGCACUCGAACUUAUCCCACUCCCUGCCGACGCCGACCAACCUGCCGCCGCUGACCCACUUGCUCGCCACAUCCAGGGUGAUUACAACAUCUACGAAACUGGGAUUGCCCCUCCUAGUGACGUUCCAGUUCCUGGACGCGGACGCGGGAUAUACAUCCUUGGAAGAGGCGAUGAUCGUAUCGGAACAUGCUCACUCGCUCGUGACCUUAGCGGCCUCGAGAUUGCAGCAAUUUUCCGCCACCGCAUAAUUCAAGCCCCAGCAUCGCUGUAG